AUGGUCGGCUACCAUCUGACUGUCUACGACACCACACGGAUGAGUUACCUGACGAAUGCAAGUCUGUUCGGACGGCACUAUUCAACUGCAAACGCGGGAUGUUGGAUAUGCGAAGACGAUUUAGAGGGAACAACCCUGGAUAUGUUCCUCCUCCGAGUACGACAGGACAAAACCCGGUAG